CAACACGUAGGGAGCCUGUGGCUCCAAUCUUUUGGCCUCCUUCAGACUAUGUUCACUUGCUUUUCACUAUCAGUUGUAUUUUCUAUUUCAUUUCUGCACACUUAGCUGCCUGCCCUCUCAGGGAGGUGCCUCAUAGCAGCCCGCCCUCUAUCCUGGCUUCCUCAGGAAAAGCCUUGGGAGGAAGCAGGGAGGGGGUUGGGAGCUGUGAGCAAACCAGGCCCUCCUAGUACACUGGCCGCCAUGGGAUUAGGGCUGCUGUUCCCACUGCUGCUGCUCUGGACUCGGGGGACCCAGGGAGCCACACUAGACCCAACUGGUCAGCAUGUCUGUACAGGCAGCAGCCCCUCUGAGAUCCAGUGCUGUCCAGGCUGGAAGCAGAAAGAUCAAGAGUGCUCUAUCCCCAUCUGUGAGGGGCCUGAUGCCUGCAGGAAAGAUGAGGUGUGCGUGAAGCCAGGCUUCUGUCGAUGCAAACCUGGAUUCUUCGGAGCCCACUGCAGCUCCCGCUGUCCAGGCCAGUACUGGGGGCCCGACUGCCGGGAGAUCUGCCCCUGCUAUCCACGCGGCCAGUGUGAACCGGCCACCGGAGUGUGCCAAUGCCAGCCCAGCUACUGGGGCAGGCUCUGUGAGUUCACCUGCAGCUGUGGCCCCCACGGACAGUGUGACCCGAAGACGGGCUUGUGCCGCUGCGACCCCGGCUGGUGGUCACCCACGUGCCGUCGCCCGUGCCAGUGCAACCCAGCGGCGCGCUGUGACCAGGCCACGGGAGCCUGCGUCUGCCCGGCCGGCUGGUGGGGCCGCCGCUGCAGCUUCAGCUGCCAGUGCCACACCUCGCCCUGCCUGCAGGACACCGGCCGCUGCACCUGCCUGCCGGGCUGGUGGGGGCCGGACUGCAGCCGCAGCUGCCAGUGUGUGCGAGGUCAGUGCAGCGGCGCUUCCGGCCACUGCUCCUGCCCUCCCGGCUUCCACGGCGCCCGAUGUGAGCUGCCCUGCGGCCCUGGCCGCUAUGGGGUACAGUGCAGAGAAAGCUGUGGCCACUGUGAGCAGAAUGCAACGUGCUCUCCAGUCACAGGCAACUGUGAGUCCUGCAGGCCGGGCUGGAAUGGGACCCAGUGCAAGCAGCCAUGCCCUCCUGGCACCUUCGGGGAGAGCUGCACUGAGCGGUGCCCCCGCUGCAGGCUUGGAGAGCCCUGUCAUGUAGAAAGUGGGUACUGCCAGCGCUGUGACCCCGGGCGGCAGGGACGCAGGUGUGAGAAACCUUGUCCCCUCGGUACCUUUGGUGAGGGCUGCAGCUCCACCUGCCCGGCCUGUGGUCAGGGGACCUGCGAUCCGCUGACAGGAGAAUGUGUCUGCAGUGCUGGCUACUGGGGGACCAGCUGCAACAGUUCCUGCCCAUCUGGCUUCCAUGGAAACAACUGCUCUCUCCCCUGCCAGUGUCCAGAGGGGCUCUGCCACCCUGUGUCUGGAGCCUGCCAACUAGGCCGUCAUGGUAGAAGCGCCCUCAUUGCAGGCAUCCUGGUACCUGUGCUGCUGCUCCUCAUGGGGAUCAGCUGCUGUGCCUACUGCUGCUCAACCACCCGACUGGACCCCAAGGACAGGCCAGAGAGAAAUGGAGCUGCCUUGUUCCGGAUGAAGCAGCAGGUGUGGGGGGCCCUCACCAGCCUGGGCUCAGCACUGCCCUGUGGCUCCCUCAGCAACUACAAGCUCCCCUGGGUGACAGUUUCUCACCACGAUCCGGAGGUGCCCUUCAACCACAGCUUCAUCGAGCCGCCCUCUGCCGGCUGGGCCUCUGAUGACUCCUUCUCUUCUGACCCCGACUCUGGAGAAGAGGAUGAAGCUCACGCCUACUUCAUGCCACCCCGAGAAGAGACGGUCCCUGUGACUCAAGAAGAGCCACCAGCAGCCAGCCUUCCUGGAGGCCCCUUCCCUUCCCCUGAGGAUGCCUCCACACCAUUUCCCAUCCCACGCACCUCCAGCCUGGCUCGGGCCAAGAGGCCAUCCGUCUCCUUUGCUGAAGGCACCAAGUUUGCACCACAGAAUGGCCGAAGCUCAGCGGAUCUCUCCAGCCCAGUACGAAAACCCAAGAGACUCUCCAAAGGUGCUCAUCCGCGCCCUGAAAGCCAGGAGGCUGAGGAGUCUGCAGGCCUGGAGCAAGCAAACGCAGAGGGAGAGGCUCCUACGGCCACCAGCCCCAGAGAUGCAGCUGCUAGUCACCACCAACUUCCCUGUGGGAGCCAGACAGUAGCAGAGUGUGUGGAAAGCGCUGAUGGCGGUAUCCAGGAGGGCUCGGGCUCCGUGGCUACGAUCUAUAUGCUGGCAGGGACACCCCAGAAACCCGAGGGCCCCGUCUGGUCUGUCUUUCGUCAUUUGGGAAACUGCCAGAAAGAGCAGGCAGCACCCAAGGUCAAGAGCGUCAUCCCUAAGCCUUUACGCCGAUCUCUGGGUCGGAACCAGGGCAGCCCUGGGCCUGGGUCAGCUCCAGGGGCUGUGCUUUCUAGAGUCAUGGAGUCCACCGCAGUUAGGUCAGGGGAAGAAUCCAGAGGUCAGGGCGAUGGCACUGAGAGUCUGGGGACAGUCCAGGAGCCCGUCGCUGGAAACAGUUCCCAGAAACAGGGUUCCCAAAAGCAGGCCGAAGAGAAGGAGCAAGAGGAGCCCCUAUAUGAGAAUGUCGGGCCCAUGUCUGUGCCACCACAGCACUGAGGACCUGGAACUUGGUGAGUGGGAAAAGUGUGGAUGGGGAUGUGGGGACAAGGGGAUACUGAAACUGCUAUGGACCAGACCUGGCUUUGUGCUGGGAAAUGAGGACAAAGCUGCGACAGACUACACCGGAACGAUGCCCGGGAAGAGACAAGGGUUAGGGGCCACUGGCCACUGUGGGUCUGCCCAGCAGUGUCCCCAGGCGGGCCCGCAAGGCCUGGGAGAAGCUCUGCAAAACGGGGUCAGAGGAAGGAGAUGGCUACAGGACUUUUCCUCUGCUGUCCUGGACUCUGUCCCGAAACUAUUCUUUCCAUCACUUCAAAACAUAUAUAUAUAUUUUUUUUUUCUGAAAUGGAAAACAGCCUAAAUGUUUGAUGGUAAGGAUUGAUUAAACAAAUAUUUCUUUUAGAAAA